GCUUUUGUCAAUGAAUUUGACAGGUGGUGACUAAUGACAUUAAAGUCUAGGAUUUUUAAGUAAAAAAUUAAAUAUUUUUGUUCAUUUUCAAGACCUUUGUCUGAAAAACAUCUAAAUAUGAACCGAUUAUUUGGUAAAGGAAAACCCAAGGAGCCAGGACCAAGCAUAAAUGAUGUUAUCCAAGGGGUAGACCAAAGAGCUGAAGCUGUAGAAAAGAAAAUAAAUGCUUUAGAAAAUGAUUUACGUAAAUUUAGAGACCAAAUGGCCAAAAUGCGAGAAGGUCCAGCAAAAAAUGCUGUCAAGCAAAAAGCUCUUAGAAUUCUUAAACAGAAAAAGAUGUAUGAAGGUCAACUAGAAAAUUUAAGGGGUCAAUCGUUUAACAUGGAACAAGCUAAUUUCGCACAUCAAACAAUAAAGGAUACCCAAAUAACUGUGGCAGCUAUGAAGGAUGGAAUGAAAUCUAUGAAAAAGGAAUUUAAAAAAAUAAAUAUAGAUGAUAUUGAUGAAGUUCAAGAUGAUUUAGCAGAUAUGCUGGAUCAAGCUGAUGAAGUACAAGAGGCAUUAGGAAGAACAUAUAAUACAGCAGAAGUUGAUGAAGAUGAGUUGGCAGCUGAGUUAGAUGCUUUGGGAGAUGAAAUAGCCCUAGAUGAUGAUCAGGGUUAUUUAGAUGAUGUCCUGAAUGCACCUGAAGCACCUUCUACCAAACCUGAAGCUGCCGGAAUAGGAGUACCAGUAAAUAAAGGAAGUAAGGACUCUAUACCAGUUGAUGAGUUUGGUUUACCUCAGCUGAAGUAAAUAAAAUCAUGCCUACAAUCUGUGAAAAAAUAGUUUAACCUACUGUGGAAAGAAAUAUAAAGCUUAGCUAAAGUUUGUGAAUAUUUCUGAAAUAUCUCAAAUUGCUUGUUGAUAUUUCAGCAUGCACGUUGAUGAGGUAGUUUUUAGUGCAUUAAAAUUUACAUAUUUUUAUAUUAAAACAUAGUUUUAGUUGAUGUUGAUUUAUAGCUAUUCAUUUCAAGAUCAUAUUAUAUUACAAUUUUAAUAGAAAAUCUAUCGAUAUUCUACUUUCAACGCAAAUUUCCAUUUCUUAUCAUAUUUUUUUAUAACUUUAAAUUUACACAGGAUGGCCAGAAACUCUCUUACCAAACACAAACUAUAGAUACUAGAUGUAACUUUAUGUCCAACUAACCUAAUUUACCAUUAUCUAGAUGGUUCUUUGCAAGUAAGACCAACCUUUAAAGAAGAUGCUAUUAAGUCAAGUUAUAAGCAUAGGUAUCUUGAAUUUACACUGUUUACAAAGUUUGUUCUAUGAACCCACGAAGCAAGUCACUAGUAUAUUUGAUUUAAAUUUGUGUAUUCUCUACAUGCUUCCUCUAUUCUAUCCUACGAAAUAGUUGUUUGAUUGAAUCAGCCUUAUUUUGGGCUAAUUUACCAGCAUUUCUCGUCCUAUUUGGACCCCUAAUGACACACCAAAAUGUAUUGUUCAUGCAUGAAUUUUGUCUUGUUCAUUUUAGUUUAUCAAUUUUGAAAAGUCAGUAAAGGACCCCGCUCAAUCCUUAUGGAAAUUGGGUUUCAUUAAAUAUCUCUGAAACUUGCACAAUGAUAGUUUGGAGCAUGCUAAUUAAGUCUCUAUGGGCACUAAACCCCUCAACAUCUUCAAAACUUCCCUUGAAGUGUCUGCAGGUACCCUGGCAGGAAGGGAAUUGGUUUUGGCCAAUUGUUCUGAACCUUGACACGAUGAUAGUUCAAAGUAAGCUGUUUAAGUCUCAAUGGGCACAAAACCCCAUAAAUCUCCGAACCCUCACCCAAAGCCCCCAAAGGGUCCAAGAGUACCAUAAGAGGAAGAGUUUCGCCUAGUUUUUCUAAAACUUGACACAAUAAUAUUUUGAUUUCAUUUAAAAAUUUUUUAAAGAAAAAUAUCUAUGUUUCUGAAAAUACAAGAACAUGUAGGACACUUCAGGGGUGGUUUUAAGUUUUCCUGUCCAUCAAGACUUUAAAUCAGCUUGCUUCAAACUAAAAUUGUUCCAAAUUUCAGAAAAAAUCGCCAAAGCCCCUUCUCUAAUGGUACACUUGAACUUUCAGGAGUAGUUUUGGGGUUUCAUGCCCAUUGAGACUUUUAAUCAGCUUGCUUUGAUUUAUCAUUGUGCCAAGUUUCAGAACAAUGGGCCAAAACCAAUUGCCUUCUUCCCAGGGACUUUUGGGCACUUCAGGGGUAGUUUUUUCAUAUCAUAUAUGGGAAAAAAUGAGAGUGCUUUCAAUGAAAUCCAGAAUUUUUUACAAUACUAAGACAAUCUUGAUAGAAACUAUUAAUGCAUCAAUGCAAUGAAAUAUGCUUAUCAGUAAAUUCAAUUUUUUCAGAAAUAAAAAUUAAAUUGAAUAAACAUUGAAAUGAGAGUACAUUUUUCUGGAAAAAACAUUGUGGUUUUCAAAUUUACUGUGAUAUUUGUCAAAAAGCAUAUAUGCAAAAAAUGUUUCUAAAUUUGAUCCUCCCACAUUGAACGCCUGUGAUCAAAUUAAAUGGGGGUUUACAGUAAACACUUUUUCCCUACAGGCUUAUACAGGCUAUGUACAAACUUUGAAUUUUGUGAAGAGACAUGCUUAUAAAAAAUCUGAUUCAAAAAGCACUAGCUCCUUUAGCAGAUGGUUAUAAAAUCGCAUCUAAUUUGUUAGAAAAGUCUCAACUCUGGACACCCUUCAUAUUUAGUUAUGUGCUAUAUUUUGUAUGAUAUAUUUUUAAAUAAAUGUUAAUUUCUGUA